GCUAUAUAUAAACUACUUUUUAACUGUGUACACAACUAUUGAAGUAAUUCUUCAGUAUGAAAACUUUGCUAGCUCGAGUGUUGCUCUAUGCUCUUAUAAUAAUAAGUACAUCGUUUGGUGAGGAAACUCCACUCAAUCCUCAGCGUGUUGACGAUGCUACUAUAAACUCAAAACUGUCACUAAUUUCUGAAGAUGACGUAAAAAUAUAUUUUAGGGAUCAACAAAAACCACAAAAUGAUAUUCCCGUAAGUACGUCAGAAACUUCACAAUUAGGAUCCAGUGGGUUUUCUGCAGAAAGGAAUACAGUGGUGGUAAUCCAUGGUUGGAAAAGUAGUGUCAAAUCCGAAUUUAACGUAGUACUUUCCGAAGCCUACUUAAGCAAAUACAAUAUCAAUCUUUUAGUUGUUGACUGGAGCCGUGUGGCCAACGAUUUAUAUCUAAUAGCUAGUGCAUCUGUUGAAAAAAUUGGACAGAUAGUUGGAAAUUAUAUUAAAACUCUGCAACACAAAUUCCAAUUAGAUUUAAAUAAAACGGCUAUUGUGGGCCAUUCAUUGGGGGCUCAUGUUGCGGGAAUCGCAGGCCGCACCGUUGGUGGAGAGGCAAAUUACCUUAUAGGAUUGGAUCCAGCGUGGCCCCUGUUUGUAGUUUUGCAUAGAAACAUCCGGAUAAGACCAACCGAUGCAAAGUUUGUCCAAGUUAUCCAUACAAGCGAUGUGGGCAUACAAGGACCUCUUGGCCAUUCAGAUUACUAUCCAAAUGGGGGACUUCGUCAGCCUGGAUGCCUCCCUGCUGCUUUCGAUUUAUGUAGUCAUGUUAGAGCGUACCAAUUACUAGCAGAAUCUAUAAAAACUGGCCGCUUCAUCGCAAAACAAUGCAGGAAUUACUUGAGUUUUAGAUUUGGAUGUCGAGGAUCUCAAUCGUAUAUGGGAGAGUUUUAUAUUGAUAAAAAGGCUCGUGGAACCUACUUUUUGGAUACUAACAGUAAACCACCGUAUGCAAAAGAUUAAUAAGAAUGGACGUUAACCUAAGCUAUCAUUAAAAUACUUGUAAGUAAAAUAUACAAAAUGUAUAAAUCGAAAAUAAAAAAUAAAUACUAAUAAAGUA